AUGGCAGCCCCAACGAGCUGCAACCCUGCUCCUGAAAAGCCUGCUCCUGUGAGAUAUGCAGGUGCCCGGAUGAAUCCUGAAAUCCGUGAUACCGUAUGUGAUGUCAAUAUUGUUGAUUGUUAUCACUACCUAGAUCCAUAUGGCAAUCUAUAUGCUCACUAUCUUCCUAAGGACACGCCAAUACGAAUUGAAAUCAAAAAGGACAAUGAGGACAACGAGAACAACGAGGACGAUAUUGUCAGUGAAGAAGCCAAGGCAUGGAAGUGUAUGCUCCAGGAGUAG